AUGCGUGCUCGGUGGGUCUCCCGGAAGUCAGCCGGGGACGAGCGGGGGACCGGCGGCCGCCAUGCUUCGGGGGCUUUUGAGAGCGCCGCGCCUGGGGCGGACAGCGCAUGGCUGCUGGUACCUCUCCUUACACGAACCCCCAAGUUUGGGAACGAUUGGGUCUCGCUCAGGUUUCAGAGUACCCUGGUGAUAGCCGAACAUACAAACGACGCCCUGACGCCCAUUACGUUAAACGCCGUCGCUGCGGCAAAGAGGGUCGGAGGUGAAGUAUCUUGCUUGGUAGCCGGUGUCAACUGUGAAAAGGUAGCCCAGGACCUCUGCAAAGUGCAAGGAGUCUCCAAAGUCCUUCUCUCGCAGCACGAUAUCUACAAAGGAUUGUUGCCUGAGGAGCUGACUCCGCUGAUCUUGGCGGCUCAGAAGCAGUUUAAUUACACGCACAUCUGCGCUGGAGCAUCUGCCUUUGGGAAGAGCCUUCUUCCUAGAUUGGCGGCUAAGCUUGACGUGGCCCCCAUUUCUGACAUAAUCGAGAUUAAGUCACCCGACACGUUUGUGAGGACUAUUUACGCAGGAAACGCCCUGUGCACCGUAAAGUGUGAAGAGAAGGUAAAGGUAUUCUCGGUCCGAGGAACAUCCUUUGAGGCAGCUUCCGUAAGUGGCGGUAGUGGAAGUUUAGAAAAAGUCUCCGCUCCUUCGCCGGUUGGCCAGUCUGAAUGGAUCGGGCAAACCCUAACAAAAAGUGAUCGCCCGGAGUUGACUAGUGCAAAAGUCGUCAUCUCAGGUGGGCGGGGCUUGAAGAGCGGAGACAAUUUUAAAUUGUUGUAUGAUCUCGCGGAUCAACUGCACGCAGCAGUUGGAGCCUCUCGCGCAGCCGUCGAUGCAGGCUUUGUCCCCAACGAUAUGCAGGUCGGACAGACGGGCAAAAUCGUAGCACCCGAACUGUAUAUUGCGGUUGGGAUAUCGGGAGCGAUCCAGCAUCUAGCAGGAAUGAAAGACAGCAAGACCAUAGUCGCCAUCAACAAGGAUCCGGAGGCCCCGAUCUUUCAAGUCGCAGACUACGGGUUGGUGGCGGACCUAUUUAAGGUUGUUCCUGAGUUGACGGCAGCGUUGAAGAAGUGAAACCUUG